AUGUCGAUAUUAACUACCAUCACUAACAGAUUAACCAAUUAUACUACCAAUUUUCAAAACAAUAAACUAAAUCAUCAACCAAAUAUCGAUGAAGGCACAACCGUAACGGAAAAUGCUUACGGGUUAUUUGAUUUAUUUCUAUAUUAUUUGAUGAAUUUGAUACUAUUUAUGGUGUUAUUUAUUGAUUUAAUUGUGGAAUUUAUAAAAAAUUGUGUACACAAUUAUAAUAUUGUUGCUUGUUCAUUCAAACACAAGUUGUACAAUAACAUCAACUAA